GGUAUUUCCAGGUGAGGAUAAGCGUUCAUCAUGGAGGCAGGCAUUGGGAGCUCAGCGGGACUCUGGGUCCGACUGGAUCAUCUCUGCGGUUCUGGAUCGGUUGUUGAUCCAAACACAAAGAAGGCAGCCAGAGCCGCUGCGGCGGCGCUCCUCAUUACCUGCUGUUUGUCUGGGGAAAGAGGAAGUAUGGCAGCAUUUCCGUUUCAUCAUGCCGUGGGCUGGUACUUUCCCUUCAGCGAUAAUAAAAGGAGCGCAGCAGCAGGCAAAGGUAUCAAACGGAUCCAAGUCAGUGAGGUCUGAGCAAGAAGAUGGAGAUAAAGCAGAUCCUCAUCCUCCUGCUGUGCGCCGCAGCGGCGCGCUCCCGGUGCCACAAUGGGACCAACCUGGAGGCAAUAGCGCUCAAGAGGCUCCAGAGGCACUACCCUCAGCCCCUGACCAUCACGGCCUCAGAGGACUCCUCCAGCUCCUGCCCGGUCGAGCUUUACCAGAAGCUGCCCUCCGUGGAGGUCAAGGAUCGCUCCCUCUCUCCCUGGAAAUGGCGGACGGUAACCAGACCGGAUUACUUUCCCCACACCUACACCGAGGCCGUGUGCCUCUGCAAUGGAUGCAUCCUGAUGGAAAACGGCACCGUGCAACACAGCUACAACUACAACAGCAUCCCCCUUUUGCACACGUUCAUGUUCCUUAAGAGAGACAGACACAACUGUGAGGAAGGCAAAUACCGCCUGGUGGAGGAAAUGGUGCAGGUGUCUGUGGGGUGCACCUGCGUCAGGGCGAAGACCGUACGCGUACGGUCGUAGUCCAACCCUUGGAGGCACCACCUCAGACUCAGAGAUGUUAUGCUGUGAGGUUCUACAGCUCUACUUUGAGAUGGACUGACUUUUAACUACCUAUUUAUUGUUUAUUUAUUUAUCCAAACUGUGUUGGGUUGUUUUUUUUCUCAUAACUAGUGUGAAGUUCUGCAUAGUGCAGCUUAUAUAUAAAGAAGGUAUUAAAUACCUGAUUCCACAAAUGAUGAAGUUUCCUCAUCAAAAAAUGCUGUUGUGAACUACUGCAAUAUCAUAACAGCGAUAAUCAUGUUUGUAGUAAAUAUUUAUGUUAAUUAUUCUCAUUUAUAAUGUGUCAGAUUGUUCAUCAUAUGAUGAGAUUCUGUUUUCUUUUCUUUUUAUCCUGUAGAUGCUUUGUCCCAGUGGGACUUCACAGUUCAGCUUCUUUGAAGCAAAAAUAAAUGCUAAAUAAAAUGUUGCACAUUUAUUAAAAACAUCCUUUUUCUGAACAUGUA